AUGUCUGAACCUGCAGUUGAAACGGACAGCAGCCAAGCAACCAAAAGGUCGGCCUCACCAAUUGAGAAUAACAACUUGGUGGACAAAAAGCCAAAGCUCGAAGAAGUCGCUAGCGAAACAAAAGGCGAGAUGGAACCACCUAUCAAGCAAGAGCAAUUAAUAGAGACAAAGGUAGAGAAGAGCGAUGAUAAUAAUAAUAACAGUAAUAGUAAUGACAACAGCAGCAACAACAACACUAACAAUGCUGGUGCCAAUGAUAACAUCAUGGUAGUUCCGUCCACCAAACCGCAGCUUUUCUACACCACUUUGAAAACGGGAAUUGCAUAUGAUGUUCGUAUGAGAUAUCACGCCAAAAUUUUCACCUCAUACUUUGAAUACAUUGACCCUCACCCGGAAGAUCCAAGGCGUAUCUACAGAAUUUACAAGAUUCUUGCUGAGGCUGGGUUGAUUCAAGACCUGGCCCUCUCUGGCACUGACGAUAUUGGUCCUUUGAUGGUGAAGAUCCCAGUGCGAGAAGCUACAUCCGAGGAAAUCUUGCAAGUCCAUACAGAAGAACACCUAAAAUUCAUUGAAUCCACAGAAAAUAUGACAAGAGAGAAAUUGUUGGAGGAAACUGAAAAGGGUGAUUCCAUUUAUGUGAAUAACGAUUCCUUCUUGUCUGCUAAACUUUCAUGCGGAGGGACCAUCGAAGCAUGUAGGGCCGUGGUUGAAGGCAGAGUUAAGAAUUCCUUGGCCAUUGUAAGACCUCCUGGUCACCAUGCAGAACCUCACGCUCCUGGAGGAUUUUGCUUGUUCAGUAAUGUAGCAGUAGCAGCUAAGAACAUUUUGAAAAAUUAUCCAGAAUCGGUCCGGAAAAUUGUCAUCGUAGAUUGGGAUAUACACCAUGGGAAUGGUACUCAAAAAUCCUUUUAUGAUGAUCCAAGAGUCUUGUAUAUAUCACUUCAUAGAUACGAUAAUGGUAAGUAUUACCCUGGUACCAAGUAUGGAAACAGCGACCAGGUUGGUGAGGGUCUAGGAGAAGGUACUUCGGUGAACAUUCCCUGGAGUACUGGAGGAAUGCAUGAUGGUGACUAUUACUAUGCCUUCAAUAAGGUGGUGAUUCCUAUAGUAUCUGAAUUUGAUCCAGAUUUAGUGAUCGUGUCCGCAGGAUUUGAUGCUGCGGAUGGUGAUAUCAUUGGUGGAUGUCACGUAUCCCCUGCUGGUUAUGGACAAAUGACCCACAUGCUCAAAGCAAUAGAAAGAGGGAAGAUGUGCGUCGUUUUGGAAGGUGGAUACAACUUGGAUUCGAUCAGUAAGAGCGCUCUUGCUGUUGCCAAGGUGAUGGUCGGAGAACCUCCAGAGAAAACCAUUACCUUGCAGCCACAUUUGGAGACCUUAGAAGUUAUCGACGAAGUUAUCAAAAUUCAAUCGAAGUAUUGGAAAUGCAUGAAGCCUGGAUUCACUAAGAACUCCUUUGAUGACUUCUAUGACUUGCAGGUUAAUAAUGAAGAUGCAGAUUCCAAUGGCUCUUCAGAAAAGAAGGUUGCACCAUUUAAACUUUCAAACCUACUGGAUCCAAUUCGUUCUAGCCAAGCGAAUGAUUUGUUUACAAGGUAUUCGUUCAUCAAUUUACCUAUAGUUUCAUCUAUAGUUUCAGGAGAGGGUGACAAAUCUUCAUUGUUUACCACGGAUUUACCGCCAAGUACGGAGGAUUUAGUGUUGGCAAGCCCUGAUAUUCAUAACGCAACUACAAUAGUGAUUUCAAUUCAUGAUCCAGCAGAAAUAUGGGCCAAUAUUAACCCAACAAAUGGUGUAAUUGAAGGAAAUUCUUCAUUAGUGUUGGAACAUCCUUUAAUUCAAGUCAUAGAAAAGAUUAAGAAAGAAGUAGAUUUGGAAGCAGGAAAACAAUUAGGUUUUAUUGAUAUAAAUAUUCCUCCAUUUUUGUUACCGGUUUCUUCUAGCUUGAAGGCGGGAACUCCAACUGGAACUGCACAAAGCAAUGGGUCCACUACAAAUAGUUCAUCUUCCUCCUCGUCAAACUCAAACUACAAUCCAACUGUCUUUUCACAAGAGUUGAUGCUUUACAUAUGGGAUAAUUACAUAUCAUACUUUCUGCAAUUGGAAAAAUUGGUCUUUGUUGGAUUCGGUGACGCAUACCAAUCUAUAGUUCACUUGUACGCAAAGAGACCAUCCCAAGACAUUAAAGAAUUAGUAAAGGGUACAGUUGCCUUUGUAAAUAGAUCGGCUCUUAAGCCAUUAGUACCUGUUAUGGAUGAAUCAAUGGUAGAUUGGUAUUACCAGAACUCCGUCAUAUUUACUUCUGCAUUGAACCCUUGUUGGACGAAUGGUGGGGACUCGGUUAAUGUAAGUAAUGGAAACGGUAUGAUUUUGAACGGGAGAGAUAACGCCCAUGGUGUCGACGAUUCGUCAAAGAGACCAAGAAGAAAAUUUGGUAGAGUUAUUAGAGCCUCUGCUGAUGGAUUCUGGGAUGUCGUUUCGGAGAGAUUUGAGGAAGGAAUGGAUUUCAUCUUGGAUUCCGUUGAAGACUACAGCAGCGAGGGAAGUAGCUGA